CCCAAAUUCAACCACCUCUUAUCUUAACUUUUCAAGUCACACCACAAACCUUUCUCUUUCCAUCUUUCAGAUCCAUUUCCUCUAAAUCCAAAACAUGAUCAAAUUCAGCUUUCACUAUUAACACAACAACCUCAACCAUGUCAACUCAACAAGAUCAAACAACAACAAAUAAAACCAAAAACUCAUUCAUUUCAAUCCUAACACAACCAAUUGAAUGGCUAACAAUGCUAACACGUCACCUCAACCCAUCUUUCAUAGCUGGAAUUUUCAUAAUCUACGGCAUAGGUCAAGGCUUCUCCGUUUCAUUCUUCAAACUCGUUUCAGAUUAUUACUGGAAAGACAUUCAAAAAAUCCAACCUUCCACCGUUCAACUCUACGUUGGUAUUUACUUCAUUCCAUGGAUUCUCAAACCCAUUUGGGGGAUUCUUACUGAUGCUUUUCCGUUACUGGGUUACCGUCGCCGGCCGUAUUUUAUCCUCGCCGGAGUUGUUGGAUUGGUGUCUGCUUUGGUUGUUGCGGUGAAAGGAAAGCUUGCUGCUGUUGCGGCGUUGAUGUGUUUUCUUGGUGUUUUUGCUAGUCUUGCUAUUGCGGGUGUUACUAUUGAUGCGUGUAUUGCAAGGAAAAGUAUUGAGGUUCCUAGGUUGGCUCCGGAUUUGCAGAGUUUUUGUGGGUUGUGUUCGGGUUCGGGUGCUCUUAUUGGGUAUCUUGUUAGUGGAUUCUUUGUUCAUCAUCUUGGUCCACAGGGGUCAUUUGGUCUUAUGGCAGUUUUUCCUGCUUUGACAAUUGUGCUGGGUUUUGUUAUCUAUGAAAAGAAAGCCAAUGGGUUGCAUAAUGAAAAGAAGCAGGGAGCGAUGAAGAAUGCGGGAAUGAUAAUUAGAAGCAUGUACAAAACAAUAAAGUAUCCUCAAGCAUGGAAGCCCUCACUUUACAUGUUCCUUUCUCUUUCUCUUAAUGUAACUACUCAUGAAGGUCAUUUUUACUGGUAUACUGAUUCGAAAGCCGGUCCUGCAUUCUCUCAGGAGUUUGUUGGAGUAAUCUAUGCAAUUGGAGCAGUGGCUUCAAUAAUAGGUGUUCUAAUCUACCACAAGUAUCUAAAAAACUACACAUUCAGAAGCCUAGUAUUCUAUGCACAACUCCUAUAUGCAGUAUCAGGUGUAUUGGACUUGAUCUUCGUUCUCCGUUGGAAUUUGAAAAUUGGAAUCCCUGACUACGUUUUUGUUGUCCUCGAAGAAACCGCUGUUAGAAUCACAGGCAAAAUAAGGUGGAUGCCAAUGAUGGUACUGAGCGCAAAACUAUGUCCUCUAGGAAUUGAAGGAACAUUUUUUGCUCUUUUAAUGUGUAUUGAUAGCAUUGGUGCGCUUAUAUCCAAAUGGGGCGGAGGGUUACUUCUACAUGUCCUUCAUAUUACCAGAAGUGAUUUUAACAACCUAUGGUUGGCUGUUCUUAUAAGGGACAUUCUUAGAUUUGUUACACUUGUCUUGGUUUUUCUUAUUCCUAAUGUAGGACCUUAUGAAGGAUUGCUUCCAUCCGAAAUGGAUAAGAGAGAUGGUAUUGUUGAUGAACAGACCUUGGAGCUUGUUCCUAUCCAUGCCAAAGUUGAAGUUUAGAGAAAUUUGGUUAUGUUACAAAUGUUAACCAAUAUACAUGGAAGAUUUUUGUAUAAGAACAUGUCAUUCUUGUAUAGAUUAUGUUGUUAUAUAUAAAGUAUUUAAUAUAAAAUUAUAUAAGAUAUACUUUUAGAGUUGAUUAAUAAUAAGGAGUUAUUGUUAGUUAAAGGAUAAAUUUAUUUGUAAAUUUAUUCAAAUUAAAUAGAAUCUUAAUGGAUAAAUUUAUUUGUAAAUUUAUUAGAAUUAAAUA